AUGGUGGGUAGGGCUGUCGAUUGUAAAACAAAUUGCCAUAUCGAACUUGAGUAUCAGAUAUUGACACAGUUCGUCUUGCACGUUGUCACGUCCAUCGGUUUUUGUGUGGUCUCUUCUGUCAUGAUCCUGUACGCCAUCAAGAAGGAGGUCUCAGCGGCAAAGUUGAUCAGCUCUUCCAAGGAUUCAUCUUACGAAUCUUACGAACCACAGAGGAUAGAAUACACCGCCCUGGAAGUGCAAGCCAAGCGUCAUGUGCUCGCCAAGUACAAGUAUCUCGAGUGGGGUGGAUCCUACGUCGAGGACUUUCUGGAAUUGAUGCUCGGGUUUGCGUACAUAUCUAUCUUCGCAUUGGUGAGUCCUACCAUGAUCGUGAUCGCAGCUCUGUCGCAGCUGGUGGAGUUCGCUCUGCUAAUGCUGCGGAUGCGAUUUAUCACGGGCCGCCCAUACCCCCACGCGGCCGAGGGCAUCGGUAAUUGGAAGAAGGUGAUUGUGAUGAUAGGAACCGUCGCUGUCUUCUUCAACGGCUACAUCGCCGCUUUUGUGGUGCGUCCAGCGUGGUUCAGAGAAGUCCGUGAGCGAUUAUUGGUAUUCCUGUUAUUCGCCAGCUGCAGCCUGUUCCUGCGCACGGUCAUGCGGACCGCGGCCCCCGAGCUGCCCUAUGACGUCCGUGUCAUCGAGGACUACAACAGCGACGUGCUUCGGAAACUGAGGCCCGUCGAUGCAAGCAUGCAGUUCGAGAGGCGUCGGUGCAGCAGCCGCGCCGACAUCGCCCUGCACCCAAACGAGGGCUCCAUGCAGCGUGCCCUGAGCUCCUCGCUGUGA